AUGAAGGAUGCAGGGAAAUUAGUCCGUUUGUAUAUCCUCGAGACCGAGGAGAAACUCAGAGCUGUUACUCCCAGCACAUCACAUUUAGCCAAGUGGAAAAACUGGAUAGCGACGCAGGCCGCCAAGGUCGUUUGCACCAGGGAUGCAGAAUAUUACGAGUCAUUUAAAUGGGCUGAGACGAGUUCUGUACAGCGCCAGACUCUCAUUAGAGAUAUCCGCGAGCAGUAUAAUUCCAAGUAUGAGGAGGAUGAUCAUUUGGCUCUCCUCGCAGGGAUGGACCAUAUCUUCGAGAAUUGUCAGGACAUGAUGGCAGAUGGGGGAUUGCCACAGGCGCUUUUAAUAGACGAAAAGCGCUUAGAAAAAAUUUACAGUGCGUUGCAAUUGCCGUCCAGCUGGGACCAUUUCUUGUCUAGUCUUCGUCACUCAAAUCCCGCUCUACGCGUGUUGGAAAUAGGGGCUGGGACAGGAAGAGCUACCCGCGAAGUCCUGCGAAACUUGAAGCCCUGGGGCAACGUCAGGUUCUACUCCCAGUAUACGUUCACUGAUAAUUCCCAGGAAAUGCUGGACGCCGCUGCGAAGGGUUUUUCUUUGGAGGAAGCUAUUGAAUUUAAGAUGUUAGAUAUAAGCGAAGACCCAGAGGCGCAGGGAUUCCAGCCCCAUAGCUUUGACCUGGUUAUUGCGUCCCACGUUAUUCAUAGGACGCCUUGUCUGAAGGCUUCUCUCCGGAACGUACGACAACUUCUUGCUCCAAAUGGUCGCUUGCUGCUACAUGAACUAAACUCCGACUUACUGGUUGUCGACUACAUCUUGGGGACGUUACCGGACUGGUGGAUAGGUGCAGAGGACAACAGGAUCGACCAGCCCUACGUGUCGCCUCAGCGCUGGGAUACAGAGCUGCGAGCUGCUGGGUUUACAGGCAACGAUGCCACAACUUAUGACUUGGACCCACCGUAUCACUGCCACUUUACAAUGCUAUCCAGAGUGAUGCCAACCUCUGACACCAAAAGGGAUAUACUUUUGUUAACAAAUGGGGUGCAAUCCCAGAUAGCCAAGACCAUAGCAUACAAGUUUCUUGAUCAUGGAUGCACUAUUAACUGGGGUACCUUAGAUGACACCCCUCCGACAGACUACUGUGUCGUAUCACUUCUUGAUCUCGAUGAUCCGUACCUCUACAACAUGUCCGAGUCGGACUACACCAAAAGCUCCAAUGGUCUCGACAAAUCCCGGAUCUGGAUCCAGAAUACGACAAUUGAGGUCCCCGCCAUGGUGGAUACAUUAUAUUGGGCCCCGUAUAAUAAUCGACCCUUAAAGGAGGAUGAAGUCGAAGUUGAUAUGCACUACGUUGGGCUAAACUUCGGCUAA